AUGGACACCCUCCUCACGGCCGAUCUGGCGGCCAGCUCGCCCGCUUAUAUGCGGCGGACCAGCACCUAUGUUGAUGCAAUCCAUUCUCUACCCGAGAAGGAGUCUAUGGCACCGGCUCAACUGUACUCUACAGAGUCUGGUCGCUUGUUCCACUCGGGUCGAAUAGUGAUCGCCACCGUUGGACUGCCUGCGCGUGGCAAGACGCAUAUCAGUGUUGCGCUUGCCCGCUAUCUCCGUUGGCUAGGAGUGAAGACCCACGUGUUUCACCUGGGUGACUAUCGUCGAGCACACGUUGGCCAGAAGGACCAGAUCCCUGUUGACUACUUCUUCGCCAAUGCCAGUGAGUCUUCGGUUGUGUUACGCAAUCAGAUCACGAAGAAGUGCCGAGAAGACAUCUUCAAAUUCCUGUACCAGGAGAAUGGUCAGAUAGCCAUCUACGAUGCAGUCAAUCCUCUCGCAUCCGGAAGACGGGCGCUGGCCAAGGAGUUUGAAAAGCAGAACGUGCAGACGCUGUUCAUCGAAACGGCGUGUACAGACGAGAAGAUCAUCGAAGAGAACGUGCGGUCGGUGAAAAUCAGCUCACCGGAUUACAUCGGCUGGGAUCCUGAAGACGCUGUCCAAGACUACCUCAAGCGUAUCGCCGCACGGAUACCGCACUAUGAGAGUAUGGAAGAAUCGGAGUUGCACUACGUCAAGAUGAUCAAUGCCGGCGAACGGGUGAUUGUCAAUAAUUGCUCCUUCGGGUAUCUGAGCCAACGGAUCGUCUUUUACCUGCUGAAUCUGCAUAUCAAGAGCCGACAGACGUACUUUGUCCGUGCCGGCACAAGCAGAGACGAGGAUAGUUUCAAGAACGACGCCUCUCUAAGUCCGGAGGGCGAAGACUAUGCCCGCAAGAUGUCGGACACGCUGCUUACGCAUCGCGAGAGCGAGCGGCAGAACCUUAUCCGGCAUGGUGCACCGGAGAGCACAGCCCUGAAGCCUCUAACCAUCUGGACCAGCACGCGAAGGAGGACCAUCGAGACGAGCGAGUACCUUGCCAACUUGGGCUACAAGGUACGGCAACGUAGCCAGAUGAGUGCCUUGAAUCCUGGCGUCUGUGAGAAGAUGUCCGAGCGGCGGAUACGACAAGAGUAUCCCGAAGAAGUAGCGAAGCACGAGCUCGAUCCGUACCACCACCGUUACCCACGCGCCGAAUCCUACCACGACCUAGCCGUCCGCCUCGAACCCAUCAUCCUCGAGCUCGAACGCGAACAAAACGACCUCCUCAUCAUCGCGCACGAAUCCGUCCUGCGCGUCCUCUACGGCUACCUCAUGGCCUGCUCCGCAACGGACAUCCCCUCCCUCUCCUUCCCACGCGACGAAAUCAUCGAAGUGAUUCCAGCCUCCUACAACAACUCCGCCAAACGCAUCCACAUCCCCGGUUUGCCGCAUAAGAUCAUUCCCGGCAGCCCGGAGGAUAUUCGGAUCCCCGUCCCGGAUUCGAUGGUGGGGAGUCGGAUUGGGAGUGGGACUGUGUCUCCGAUGUCCGGGUUGGGGACGCCGGCGGGGUGUAGUACGCCGCCGUCGGAGAGUGGGGGGGAGGCGGGCGGGAUGGUGAAGUUGAGGAUGAAGGGGGCCGGGGUGGGCCCCAGUGCGGCGGCGGGGAGUUUGGUGGAUCCCGCGGCGGAGACGAAGCCGUAG